GGCCCUGUGGUCAGUGAGAGUCUUUACACUUGUGUCAUUUCUGAGUGUCGUCGUUUAUGGGAAUGAGAGGACUCACUCUGACAACAUCACUCGAAUUCUGGACCGAUUAUUGGACGGAUACGACAACAGACUUCGCCCUGGGUCUGGAGGCGGCGUCACAGAAGUAAAAACAGACAUCUUUGUGACCAGUUUUGGCCCCGUUUCAGACGUGGAGAUGGAGUACACCAUGGACAUGUUCUUCAGGCAGAUGUGGGUCGACGAGCGCCUCAAAUUCGAGGGUCCCACCGAAAUCCUGAGACUGAACAACCUCAUGGUGGAUAAAAUAUGGACUCCAGACACGUUCUUCCGCAACUCUAAGAAAUCCAUCUCUCACAACAUGACCACGCCCAAUAAACUCUUCAGAAUCAUGCAGAACGGGACCGUACUUUACACCAUGAGACUCACCAUCAGCGCAGAAUGUCCGAUGCAACUGGAGGAUUUCCCCAUGGACGGACACGCCUGCCCCCUGCGCUUCGGCAGCUACGCCUACACCAGCAGUGAGAUCGUGUUCACCUGGAGGAAGGGGCUGAGUGCGUCUGUGGACUGUCCCAAAGAGUCCAUGAGUCUGCUGCAGUACGACCUGGUGGGACAAGCUCUGUCCAGCGAGAUCUUCAAAUCAAACACAGGUCACUACUCGGUCCAGGUCGUCCAUUUUCUCCUCCAGAGGAAGUUGGGUUAUUACCUGAUCCAGACGUACAUCCCUCUUAUCAUGGUGGUGGUGCUGUCCCAGGUCUCCUUCUGGAUCAACAAAGAGUCUGUCCCGGCUCGGACUGUGGCAGGCAUCACCACCGUGCUGACCAUGACCACGCUGAGCAUCAGCGCUCGCCAGUCUCUUCCUAAAGUGUCCUACGCCACCGCCAUGGACUGGUUCAUCGCCGUGUGCUUCGGAUUCGUGGCGUUCGCUCUGGUGGAAUUUGCAGCAGUGAAUUAUUUUGCCACACUCCAGGCCCAUCGUCUGAAGGAGAACAACUCCAAACAGGAGCGACUGGAGGCGCUGGCCGAGGAGGACGAGGAGGACGAGGAGGACACUUCGCAGACUGAUAGUUUCCCUCGUGAAGGCCUCAAAAGGAGGAAUCACUCCAUGUGCCGCAGUGAGAGGAGCGAGGAUCCGUCUCCGGUGCCAGUUCCCAUCUUUCUGCAGCAGGGCUCGGCGUUCCCUCAGAUCCCACAGUUGGCAGGAACCAGCCCCAUAGACAAGUAUGCACGGAUCCUCUUCCCCAUGGCCUUUGGGCUCUUCAACCUGGUGUACUGGUACAUCUACCUCGCCAAGGACACGAUGGAGAAGCCCAGGCAAUAUGACGAGCAGAUCUGAACGUGGAGCGACCAGCCUCCGUCUCCGCGCGCACGAGCUCCCAGCCUCACACUCCUCUGCUCUCACGAACGCAAAUGAAUCAGAAACACAUUCACGUUCAUUUCACAGGCUCUGACCAACCGCUCACUCGUGCCGAGACCAGGAGACGGCGAGCGUUAAACCCCGAGCACGCGCCGCGCCGCUCCUGGGCCGGUCUGGAUCCCCCCCCCCCACACACGACCACAGAACCACAGACCUUUGCGUUCUGCUCGCUCGGACACACAAAUCACAAAAAGCCCGUGAUAUAAUCUGUGAUGACUGUAACAGGAGGUGAUGCAACUGUGAAUCAAUGCUCAGAAGUCUGCCCCCUACAGACACACCGCUCCCACUACAACCACAUCAAAGCCGUGUGUUUGGAGCGAGCGCCUACUUCAAAAAAUCACUUCCAUGGAGAGAAUCUGCACUUGGCUCGUGUUUUGCAUUGGCUCCUUUGUGUCAUUUUGUCAGAGGGUCCAUUAAACCACACGGAAUUAAAACCAUUUGUUAUGUUUAAGAUGUGAAAGUGGAUUUAAAAUGUAUCGUCCUCCUCAUGAGCAUCAUCUAAUAAAAAGUUUA